GGGGGGACUCCGAGUUCCGUUUUGAUUGGCGAGGAUUUGCUGCUAUGGAUCGGUCGGCGAUUACCGUUGGACCUGGGAUGGACCUGCCGAUUAUGCACGACAACGAUCGGUACGAGCUCGUGCGCGACAUCGGAUCGGGGAAUUUCGGCGUCGCGAGGUUGAUGCGGGACAGACAAACCAAUGAGCUCGUUGCUGUCAAGUAUAUCGAGAGAGGGGAUAAGAUAGACGAAAAUGUACAAAGGGAAAUCAUUAACCACAGGUCACUAAUACAUCCCAACAUCAUACGAUUUAGAGAGGUCAUAUUAACGCCAACUCAUCUAGCUAUUGUCAUGGAAUAUGCAGCUGGUGGAGAGCUCUUUGAGAGGAUAUGUAAUGCUGGCAGAUUCAGUGAAGAUGAGGCUCGGUUCUUUUUUCAACAGCUUAUAUCAGGAGUUAGCUAUUGCCAUACAAUGCAAAUAUGCCAUCGUGAUUUGAAACUGGAGAACACAUUACUGGAUGGAAGUCCAGCUCCUCGUCUGAAGAUCUGCGAUUUCGGUUACUCUAAGUCGUCCUUGCUGCAUUCGCAACCAAAAUCAACUGUUGGAACCCCUGCAUAUAUUGCUCCUGAAGUUUUACUCAAGAAAGAGUACGAUGGCAAGGUUGCAGAUGUCUGGUCUUGCGGGGUGACCUUAUAUGUGAUGUUGGUGGGUGCUUAUCCUUUCGAGGACCCUGAGGACCCCAAGAACUUCCGACGAACCAUACAAGUAAAAAUUUUGAAUGUCCAGUACUCCAUUCCUGACUAUGUUCAUAUCUCGCCCGAGUGCCACCAUCUGAUUUCAAGGAUUUUUGUGGCUGACCCCACGAAGAGGAUAACCAUUCCUGAGAUACGGAAUCAUGAGUGGUUUCUGAAAAAUCUUCCAGUGGAUCUCAUGGAUGAGAACACAACAAACAAUCAAUUUCAGGAGCCAGAUCAGCCUAUGCAGAGUAUGGAGGAAAUCAUGCGGAUCAUUUCUGAGGCCACCAUACCUGCUGCUGGUGCCAACAACCUUAACCAGUACCUGACUGGUAGCCUCGACAUUGAUGAUGACAUGGAUGAAGACCUGGAAUCAGAUCCUGAACUUGACAUUGAUAGCAGUGGCGAAGUAAUCUAUGCAAUGUAGUUUGUGACAGUAAACUUCCAUGAGAUGAUGGGGGUAAUAUUGUAUAUCUUUCUGCAAAUCAGAAGUGAAGUCAGGUGGUUGAAGCUUCUUUAUGGUGUUCAUGAUGGUGAACUGUUGUGCUGUAUGUUGUUUCAUUUUGUCACAGAUGCAUCUUUUUACUUAUAAAUCUUGUGUAAUGUGAUGUAGACACCUCGUUAUGUCUGCUGCUUUUGAGGGGUUGCGUUUUGAUA